CAACGAACAGAUUACUUGUUCUUUGCACUAUCUGUUGUUGAAUAUUACCGCGCAAAAGCUAGCGUCUCGGUAUCGUGUAGAAUGCGCCAAGGGGAACACACUCCAACUGGACUAAUAGAUCAUAUUCACCUAACCAUGAGAAACAUACGAGGUUCGGCAUCAUAUUGGAGACGAUGCUGUCCCGAGCUAAUCGUCAUGGUGCGAAGUCUUGGACCGCCGACAUGGUUUGCUACAUUUUCCUGCAACGAUCUGAAUUGGCCAGAUAUGUUGAAAGCGUUCCUAAUAUCGGAAGGCCGUUCCUCCGAGGAGGCUGGAAACAUCACAUUCACAGAUCGAUUGAAAUUAGUGCAAAGAUACCCAGUAGUUGUAGCAAGACAAUUUACGGUACGCGUUAACGCGUUAAUGCAGUAUAUAAAGGGCACCCAAUGCCUAGGCGGCGUGGUUAUCGAUUAUUGGCAUAGAAUCGAAUUUCAAAACAGAGGGAGCCCGCAUUUGCACUUGCUGAUUUGGUGUGCAAACAUACCGGAUUUCCUAAACAACGAAGGGGUCAAUGUUAUCGAGAAUGUUGUAUUGUGCUCAAUAGAAACCGCGGAACAAGAUACCGAUAAGCGAACGAACAAUGUGCCUAGGUCCUGACGACACACUUGCCAACAACGGACGUUUCUGCGUACUGAAACUAACUGCGAACGAAAUAAUGGUGAAUAAUUAUAAUCCCGCUCUUUUAAUGAUAUGGGACGCAAAUAUG